AAAAGGCUGCCUAGUUUGAAGUUAAAUUCAUACAAAUACAUUUUGAUAUCGUUUCUUAUUAGCUCCAAGUUUUUUAUUUUUUCUUGGCAACAAUACAGCAUAGUGUCCUGUGUCUAUAUUUUACUCCUUGAGAGGUGUUAUGAAUCAAGAGAGAAGCUACCAUUAAAGAAGAGCAAACUGUACCAUCAGUGGGAGGCCAAAGCAGAAGAUAAAAAUAUAGCAGUGGAAGAGAAAAAUAUAACUGUGCAAGUGGCAAUGGAAAAUGAAACACCAGAGGUUGCAGAGGAAAAUGCAAUAGAUGUAAAUGAUAAAGAUGGAAUAGUAGAAGUAAAGAUGGCAGCAACAGAAAUGCUUGAUGUUGAUUGGCAGGGAAACAAUAUCAUUAAUUGCGUUGUAAACUAUGAAUCAGUUCCUCCUUCACCUCCAUUUUGUAGCCCGCAGAGGCAAGAAAAAGAAGAACAGAUCACCUUUGAUGAGAAAUUUGUUGAGCCACUGGAGAAGCUGAGAAGGGGAAGGAAAAGGAAGCAGGGAAAUUAUCAGUCAGCUGAUGACAACAGGCCUGUUCAGUACAAACAAAAUCAGAAGCCGAAGAGAGGAAGAUCGAAGAGGUGGCAAGAUGAUUAUUUCUAUUGGACUGAUUGGUAUUCUCUCUCUCUCUCUCUCUCUCUCUUGUAUGCAAAGUGUGCUUGUGCAUUUUCUCACAUGAAUGAAGAGAAGCCAAAAGAGGGCAAGGCCAAAGAAGAAUAA